CUUCUCCCCCACACUGCACACACCACACACUCCUUGUCUCACCUUCUUCUUUCUUCUCCUCUUACUCCUCGAUCCGGUGUAGUUUCUUGAGUUCCUAUCACUAGAAUCGUAGUAGCAUUCGCUGUCCUAGCAAUGCAGCGAGCUUUUCCUCUCCUCGCCGCUUCUCUCCUGCUGCUGGCCGCGGCCGCCACCUUGCCGGUGGCGCGCGGCCACAAUAUAACCAAGAUCCUGGCGCAGCACCCGGAGUUCUCCACCUUCAACCACUACCUGUCCGUCACGCACCUGGCUAACGAGAUCAACCGCCGGCUCACCAUCACGGUGCUCGCCGUCGACAACUCAGGCAUGGGGGACCUCCUCGCCAAGCACCUGUCGAUCCUCACCCUUCGCAACGUCCUCGCCCUCCACAUCCUCACCGACUACUACGGCGCCAAGAAGCUCCACCAACUUACCGGUGGCUCCACCAUCUCCUCCUCCGUCUUCCAGUCCUCUGGCCAUGCACCCGGCACCACCGGCUACAUCAACAUCACCGAUCACCGACGUGGCAAGGUCACGUUCAUCACCGAGGACGCCGGUGGCGCUGCGCCCGCCGUCUUCGUCAAGUCCGUGAAGGAGAUCCCCUAUAACAUCUCCAUCCUGCAGAUAAGCACCAUCCUCACCUCCCCCGAGGCGGAGGCCCCCGUGGCGGCGCCCGCACCCGUCAACCUCACCGAGGCCAUGAGCCGGAAGGGCUGCAAGGCCUUCGCCGACAUGCUCCUUGCCCGCCGCGACGUCCUACAGACCUUUCAGGACAACCUCGACAGCGGGCUCACCGUCUUCUGCCCCGACGACGAUGCCGUCACGGCUUUCGCCCCCAAGUACAAGAACCUCACAACCGAAGGCAAGGCCUCCCUCCUCCGCUUCCACGGCGUGCCCGCGUACUACUCCCCCCAGCUCCUCAAGACCAACGCCGCCGCCAUGAGCACCCUGGCCACCAGCGGCCACAGCAAGAACUUCCACUACAGUGUGAGGACCGACGGCGACUCCAUCACGCUCAAGACCCACAUCGUAACCGCCACCAUCACCUCCACCGUCGUCGACCAGGACCCCGACGCUAUCUACGCCAUCGACAAGGUGCUCGAGCCCCGGGAGCUGUUCAAGGUCCCCGAGGUCGUCAAGGCCGACGCCCCCGCACCGGCCCCAGCCGCCCCCGCGCCCAAGAAGGCCAAGCACGCGCACGGAGCCAAGCACGCGUCGCCACCCACCCCGGCCGGCCCGGACGAGGCGCCCGCGGACGCAGACGAGGAGGCGUCGGACAAUGCUGCAUCCAGUGUCGGCGCCGCCGGGAGGUGGCUCACCACCGCCGCGGCUGCUACUGUAGCGACAGCAGUCAUAUCAGUCCUCUAAGAAACUAAGGUUCUUGUAUUCUUCUUCUUCUUCUUUUUCACCCUCUGUGCUAUAAAUUAUUCUCCUUUUCCUCCCUUUUUCUGCCUUGGUAAUUUCAUGAUUUGAGAGGGGGAAUAAUUACAAGGGAGAGACUCAUAUAAUCUACUAUAUAUUCUAUAGUAGUAUUAUACUCUCUCUCUCUUUCUCUGGUGGGUUUGUCCUGUAGGUUGUGUGUGCUUUUGAAUGGUGAUGAUUACUUUAUAAUC